AUGAACAAAAACGGAACAGCUAAAAUGAAUGAUAAUCAAAUUAGAGCAGAAGGUAGAAGGUUAUUUAAACGCUUCUAUAAAAUUCCUGAUGGUGUUAAUCCUAAAACUCGUAGAAGCUAUUUAAAUGAAGCAAUAGAUGCAUAUGAAGGGUUUGACAUUUCAUCAGAAAGUGAGAGAUUAGCGAGAAUGUUAAAUGUUAAUAUUGAUUUCUAUUAUUGUGAUCCUCAACCAGAAGACGUGGACAUUAACAAGGUAGACUUUCCAUUAGUGGAAUCAAUAAUGAUAGAUCCAGAAUUUGAAACAGUAAAUAUUUUAUUAACACAGAGUCCAUGUGGAAAACUUCACGCUGACAGAAUAACAGACGUUGAAGCACUCACCGGCUAUAAAGUUUGUCCAUAUUGUAAAGAAGAAGUUUAUUCUAUCCGUGAUGAUCCAGAAAGGAAAAACCAAAGAAGAUUUUUAAAGCAUUGUGAGAAAUGUAAAGAAAAUAAUGGGAGAUUAAUUCAAGACGUUCAGUUGCAAAAGACACAGCAACCAUAUGCACCACAUAUUACGAAACAGAAGAUAUAUCAGUGGUUAUUAGCUCACAAUUUGCAGAAAUAUUAUAAACCGACAAGAUAUUAUAUUACUUUUGACUUUGAAACAUUAGAGACUAAAGAAGAAUUACAACUUUCUGAGUGUGCAACUUUGAACGCUUACUUAAAACCAUUCAUGGUAUCAUCAACGGUUAAAUUAAACGAUAAAACAUAUACGAGGAAUUUUUGCUUAACUUCGAGUGAUUCUUUUAUUUCUGAUUGGAUUGAGUUUUUAUUUUCAACCUGUUCAUUAGUUGCUAAAUCAAAUAUUGAACAAUAUGAAGAAUUAUUGAAGUCGCAAACGGCGGGGACUUUGUCCCAUACAUUAAAUGAAAAACAGAAGGAAGCAUUUAAAGAACUUCUAGAUGAGGAAUUCAAUAAAGUGAAUAUCAUAGGUUUUAAUUCGGGAAAGUUUGAUUUAAAUUUAAUUCUUCGUGAUUUAAACACUGCAAAAUGGAAAAUAAAAUCAAUGCUGGGUUCUUCUUCUCAAUUUAAGCAAAUCAUUGUAAAGAAAACAAACGCUCCAUAUGAAUUGAGAUUUAUUGACAUCAGAAAUUAUAUAGCGGGUGGGACAUUAGACCAAUUCACUCAAGAUUUCGGAAACAAUAAAUCACGUGUUAAAUCCUUUUUCCCUUAUCAAUUUAUCACAUGGAGGAAUUACGAAGAAGAAUUAUAUAAAGUGGAACCAUUCACUCAAGAUUCAUUUUAUUCGGCAUUAACUCAAGAAACUAUAUCAGAUAGUGAUUAUCAAAUAUAUCUCAAUGAUGCUAAAAACUUUAAGAAUAGAUUAGAAUAUUUUAUUCAUUAUUGCAAUAAAGAUGUUGAAAUUAUGAUUGACCCAAUCGAUAAAAUUAUUGAAGAAACAUUUGUUUAUAAAAUUGAUAUGCUUCAUAAUCUUUCUUUAUCAUCGAAUGCUUCAAUGAUUCGUUACGCUUUAGCAUAUAAAGACUUUAAUCCUAAUGAAAAAUAUCCUGAGGAAGAGAUAGGAUCAAGUUUUGAAUUAACGAAAAAGUAUUGGAAAUAUAAAAUUGUAUCAUAUAAGAAACAAGAUGAAAAAGCAGAAAGGGAUACUAAAAAUAAUGUUUCAAUGGAUGAUUUUCAAUACUAUCACGAUUUAAUCCUUUCAUCUAAAUGCAAAAUGUGUGGUAAAGCGUUUACAUAUGCAAAUAAACCAACAUUGGAUAGAAUAGAUAAUGAAAAACCACAUACCAAAGAAAAUUGUCAGUUAAUGUGUUGUUAUUGCAAUGUCGUAAAAUCAAAUAAAGAUGAAGAUGUUCAACGUUGA